GUGCCCAGGGGGAAAUCUGGUUUUGAGGGGAAAGAACCAGGCCUAUGAAUCAAUCGGGCUGCCCAUUUCUCAAUUCCUCAAUAUUGCUUGGGAUGUGCGUAGGAAGCCCAACGCGCGCCUAGCUAUGUCCCAACAAUCUCGAUAUCCAGACUCAGUAAUCACCGGUCCAAACCCCAAAACCUUCAACAACGUCGACCUCACCAAAUUAGCCGCCGAAAUCUCAACAAUCCUAAAUCAUUUGCUAAGGUCUACCAACAGUUCUCAUCUCUGUGUGCGGAGUUCAAAGAGAUUUCUGGACUGGAGCGUUUCAACCGUGGAACCCUUGAGACUAGAGUGAAGAUUCGGCGUCACAAGGUGUGAUGGAGAAGAGGUUACUUAGGCGGAAUGCGGUGAAGGAGGAGAGGCACCAGACCUGGAAUGGUGUUUGUUAGAUGGCGAAUCUUGGAGAGGAACUUGGUGAUGAAGGGCUUAUCGAGGGAGAGAGGAAUGAGGAGACCAAUUCAGCAGGGUCACUUGUUGAGGAUGAAGGGCAUGGGCCCAUGGUCAUGAUGCGAGAUACACGUCAUAUGGAAGUUUUGAACCGGUACAUGUCAGCGGAGGGAAACAAAUAUUUACACCGCCGAGCCCGGUCAUUUAACAAGUGAAAUAGAGCCAAUGGUCAAAACGGCA